AUCCAACUUAUAAAGAUGCUAUGCCUGACGGUGUUACCGGUAUUAGGGGUCUGGUCCUAUAGUGUCUAUAUGCUCUCGGACACUAUCUCACUCAAAAGCGAAAACGAGGCUACCAGGAAAGCGUUGGUAUACAGUGUCGAACUUGGAAAGCUUGUCCAUCACUUGCAGAAGGAACGAGAUAUGAGCGUUUUGUAUCUGAGUGCUCUUCGCCCAGAAACCAAAACAUUUCUUCUUGCAGAGUAUAUAGCAACUGACAAAGCCAUUACGAGACUCCCGGUCUGGCCUGGAAAUUUGGAUAAACUCGAUAGGACGGAAUUUUCAACACGCGCCAAUUUGGUACAGCAUCUUAAUCGCAGACGACAAUCACUAACGCCAUCGGAGGUGUACAUUCAAGAUGAAAUUGACUUCUAUACUCGCAUCAUCAAAGUUGUAAUCGUCUGGCUGUACGACUCAAUCAACGAAUCGAAAUUCGCUGUCGUAUGGAAAACUCUUGUUGCAUAUCAAAAGUUGACAAGCGCAAAGGAAGAUGUGGGUGUAGAAAGAGCUUUAGGGACUAUGUUUUAUGCUAAUGGCGGGUUCGAAAAUCAUUUUUACUACCAAAUGUACUACAGCAGAGUACACAACUUCCGAGCGUACUACAAGACUGCUCAAUUGUACUCCGAUCGUGUUCGAUUGUUGUACUCGUAUGUUGUAAGCGAGGCCGGAAACAACUUGACUGACAUUAUAGACUCUUUCCGAUCAGAAAUCUUACAUAACGUGAAACACGGCAACAACACAUUCCCAGAAAUGCAGAAAGCUCGUUGGUGGUUUGACAAUAUGACUAUGUACCUCGACACCUUGCUAGACGUACAACAAGAUCUAGGUGAGGAAAUCUUGGCCAUUCUGGAUACUGUAAUUGAAAAGGUCCAGACCGAUUUAGCAGUCAGCGCUACCCUCCUCGUAGUCGUCAUAUUAAUGUGUCCUUUUGUUAUCUACAUGACGGAAUACGUCACUUCCGUUUUCCAUAAAUACGCCCUGACGCUAAUUGAUAAGACGAAAGAAUUAGCAAAAGAAAAAAGCAAAACCGACUCUCUUCUGUACCAGAUGAUACCCAAACCUAUUGCGGAACAAGUAAAGCAUAGCAAAAACAUCAAGCCAGAAUACUUCAAGGUUGUCACAGUAAUGGCGUCUGAUGUAUGCGGCUUCUACAAAAUGUCUUUGGAUUGUUCGGCGCUACAGAUUGUCGAUUUACUGAAUACUCUAUACGAAGCCAUUGACAAACUGUCAGAGUCCUACAAUAUGUACAAGUUAGAAACAUUAAAUGACUGCUACAUGGCUGUGUCAGGUUUACCAGACAGGAAUAAGUACCAUGUGACAGAAGUGGCAAAUUUCGCUUUACAAUUAAUAGAUCUGAUUAGUAAACGUCAGUUUAUUGUAAAUGAAGAUCGCAUCGUUCAAGUCAGGAUCGGAAUAAACACAGGCCCUUGUGUUGCUGGCAUUGUCAAUACUGUGAUGCCGCGUUACUGUGUAGUUGGAGAAACGGUUAACAACGCUGCCAGAAUGAUGUUCUAUAGCACAGCCAACAGAAUCAAUGUCAGUCAUGGAACAUAUACAGCGCUGGAGAAGACAGGAAAUUACUUCCUUAAGAAGAGAAACAAACUAGGUAAAAACAGCAUGUACUGGUUAAUCAAAAAGAUAGGAAACGGUUCCAAUGAGAACAAAGACUCCAUUGUGUCCUCCGUAUCGUCGAGCUCGGAAUCUGAUGAUUCGGAACCCACACUGGACCAAAACAACUCCGCAGAGGACAGCCAACACGAGGACAUUCCGUUUCCUUUCCGAGCCCGACUUCCAAUGUCGACCAACGAGGAAGACGACAUCCGUACGAAUGCGAGCAAACAGGAUGGGUACGGGGAGGCUCAGCAGAAACCUGAAGAGAUAGUAGCACCCUCCUUGUCCUUUCAAAAGCCGAAAAAUGAGAAUGAGAACCAAAACAAUCUGACAAAAGACGUACAAUACCACAACGUCAAAUCGGCGCUUAGCCUGGUGUAAUAGACCAACAAGAGAUCGGCGCUUAGCCUGGUGUAAUAGACAAACAGGAGAUCGGUGGGCAUAACUUUAUGUGUAGAAAGAAGGUUAACAGUUGAAAAUAGAAUAUAUCAUGCAAAUCGAGUAGAG